CAUAAAUGGGGUGUGGAGCAUAAAAGAAUUCAUCAGGUCUCAAUGAGAAGCUUAGAGCUAAAGCUCUGGAAAUAUUUCGAAGAAUUGACAUCAAUAAUUCAGGUUCUAUAGAUAAAGAUGAAACUUAAAAAUUUUGGAAAACUAACUUUGCAAAAGUUAAUACUUAAGCUUUAUUCAAUGCAGUUGAUUUUGACAAGAGCGGAUAGAUAUCAGAGGAUGAAUGGAUGGCAUUUUGGGAAAUUGUUAAAAAAAGUGGUUAUACAGAUACAGAAAUCUCAGAAGAAGUACUGAAUGUAACAAUAAAAAUAGCUAGAUAAUUUAAUGGAAGGAAAGGCAUGGGUGUAGUUCAGAAAAGUAGAUGAGUUUGUAAAAAGGGAUUUGUAGAGAAAGAACAGUUAAGUUUAGGAAAUUGUAAAAUAGAAUUCAAAGAGGAAGUCACUCGUUCAAUAAUAAUAAAGCUUUCAUUAGCAAUGA